AUGCCAGCAACAAUACCGACACCCCCUCAUCUCGAGACCAAGCAAGAGACCGCCGAGCGCGAACGAUGCGAGCAAUGGACCGAUCAGCUCUUCCGCACUUCGCCCAUGGUCCGAUUCAUGUCGAAACACCUCACCCUGCUUGAUUGCAAUCCGACAUCACCCCUCCCCGCACCGACAUCUUCGUCAUCCUCAAGCCCAUCACCACCGUCCCAGCCGAAACUCGUCAUUGCGCCGUGUCCGCCCGACACAGCAGGCGGCUUCUCGCCCUCGAUCCCUGGCGAGCCUACCAGCCACUCUUCGAUCCUCAUCUGCUCGAACCGCAUUAUGAACAAGUCGCAUCUCGAAGACACGCUCUCGCACGAAAUGGUACACUGGUACGACCAUUGCCGAUUCCUCGUCGACUGGACAAAUCUGAGGCAUCUUGCCUGCUCCGAGAUCCGCGCCAACAGCCUCAGCGGUGACUGCGGCUUCGGCAGAGAGUACACAAGGAAGAACUACGCCUUCAAGCUGCAACAUCAGACGUGUGUCAAGAGGAGAGCAGUGAUGAGCAUCAUGGCGAAUCCGGACUGCGGUGGCGAUCAGGACAAGGCCGAGAGGGUGGUGGACGAGGUGUUUGAGAGUUGUUUCGGCGACACAAGGCCGUUUGACGAGAUCUACUGA